AUGGCCUCGUGUUCUGGUCCCCCUCCUCAAGCCAUCCUCUUGGACAAAUUCAACCAAGUGCUAGCGUUCCGCAGUGUGUCCGCCUUUAGUACAUUGGGGGUCGCCGAUUACUUGGGUGCUCACGGCUCGUCCACGGCGGCGACCAUCGCGUCGUCGCUGGCAUUGCAUCCGUCGGCACUCUUCCGCGUGCUUCGUGCGUGCGCCAACGUCGGUGUCGUAACCCAAUCCUGUCCCCACGAAGCAGACGCCAUGUUCACGUUGACCCCAAUGGGCGAAUGCCUGUUGUCCAAUGUACCUGGCUCGCUGCGCAACGUUUUGGAUGCGUGGUCGCGCCCGGGCCAUUGGCAUGCCUUUCAGCACUUUGAGAACGCCAUCAAGACAGGCGAAGCAGCGACCCACGCCGCGUACGGAUCAGACAUUUGGUCGUAUUACCGCCAACAUCCACAGGAACAAGAGGUGUUUGCGUCGGCGAUGUCGGACUUGUCGGGGGCGGCCAUACCCCCCAUCCUCGGCUCCGUGUCGUUCGAAAAUGCGUCCGUGAUAGUCGACGUGGGUGGGUCCCACGGCAGUCUGCUUGCUGGCGCGCUAGCCAAAGCACCCCCUCAAGCCCGAGGGAUUCUCUUCGACCUGGCGCCAGUCGUCGCGACCGCACCGGCCAAUUUAGCCCAAUUCGAAACGGGUUCUCGCAUCACGGCCGUGGCGGGCAGCUUUUUCGAGUUCGUGCCACAAGGCGAUGUGUACUUGCUUAAGCACAUUUUGCACGACUGGAGCGACGAAGAAAGUGUCCAGAUAUUGAAAACCAUUGCCCGACAUGCUAACCACGGAGCCCGAGUGCUCGUGAUGGAAUUGGUCCUCAACUCGAACGUCGAAGCCGUCGCCCCUGUGGGGGGCCUCUUAUCGCCUAGUAUCUUCAUGGAUCUCAAUAUGCUGUCGCUGUGCACGGGACAAGAACGCACGGCGGAGCAAUACGCAGGACUGUUCGCCAAGGCUGGCCUCCGGUAUUCCAAGUUCACCCAGACUCCUUCUCCCUAUGGCAUUGUCGAAGCCAUUGUUGAAUAG